AAAGCGCCCUGCUCUGUUUCGCUGUCCCUUCUCUACAGACUGUAUAAGCAUGGCGGCCUCCCUCUCCCAGCAGCUGGAGGAGCUGUUGAACCCUUUGCCGAAGAUCGAGGACCCCGAGGACGACCAGGAUGAAGCUACUAAAGCCAGAGUGAUAGAAGCGUUUGAUGAAGGGGAGCAUGAAGAAGGACCUCUUGCAGUUAGCAGGCUGCGCAGACACGCCUCCACCUUUCUGUCCGAUACAGACAAGCGGUACCUGGGAAGGGCCAUCUCCAGAAGAGCACUGCAGGAGGAGUCUGAGGAAUCGGUUUCUGCAGGUGAGGAAGGGGACUCUGGGGAGGAGGAGGAUUCAGGAGCCGAUGAAGAUCCUGAGGAGGAGCUGGAGGAAUCGUCUGAGGAGGGACAGCAGGACUCGGACGAGCAAGAGCUGAAGACCCUGGUCUGUAAGAUGAAGAGCAAUGAAAUCGACCUCCCCAAAGUGACCGACUUCGAGAAGUUUACUGAGGGGAUGGACGACAUCGGAGACAGCGAAGAUGAUGAGGAGGAAGAAGAGAGUGAAGAAGGGUCAGAGGAAGAGGGAAUGGAGAUGGAGGAGGAGGAUGGGGCUGUGAUGACAUUCUCUAAAGAGAAAGUCGGUGAAGAGGUCAAAAAAGGGAAAGCUGUGAAAAACCAAAUUGCUUUGUGGGACCAGUUGUUGGAAGGGCGAAUCAAAUUGCAGAAGGCUCUCUUAACAGCCAAUCAGCUUCCCCAGCCUGAGACCUUCCCUGCAUUUAAGGUGAUGGGUGGAGCCGAGAUGGAGGGCGCUCUGAAGAACAGCUCCUGUUGCAUUGAUGUUUAGCAGUGGGGAGAGUCCUGUGAGCAGCUGCGAUGCUGGGUGAAGCAACGGGGUGUGUUACUGAAAUACA